CGCACGCAUUGCCUUCCCCAUCCUCCGCCGCAGUCAUGGCGGUCCCAGUCGCUCCGCUUGAUGAAGACUGGCAGGAUUUUAACGAGUUCAGAGCGGCCGAAACGCCGCAGAGCUGGACCGCGGAACCAGAGGACUCACCGGAGAUCCGCAGCUUCACAUCUUUCGAGGAGACACUGAGCGCGAGCUUCCCGCUCUCCAACAACAACGAGUGCACGAGCGUCUGUGCGCGCGCCAUGAGCGAGCGCGAGCUGCUGCGAAAUGACGAAAUUUGGAAUGCUCUGACAGAGAAUUAUGGCAACGUCAUGCCAGUUGACUGGAAAACCUCUCACACUCGUUCACUGCACCUGCACACACUGAACCUCCGAUCACAAGAGCAGGUGGAGGUCAGUAAUCUUGACCUUUCUGAUGAUGAUGAUGAUGAUGAUGAGCUCAGAGAUCAGAUGGACUUGCACACCAUCAUCAUCUCGUGCGUGAACGAGGAGCCGCUGUUUACUGCAGAGCAGGUUAUAGAGGAGAUUGAAGAGAUCAUGCAGCAGUCUCCCGACUGCGAGGAACAUGAGAGUCCAUCCCAGUUUGACCUCUCUAUGAUGUCCCAUGACUUGAACACACUCAAACACUCUACAUCCAGUAGCAGCUAUGAGGAACGGUUGCAUGGUUUGUGUGUGUCUGAGCUUCUGGAGCGUCUGGAGGAGGUAGAAAAGCAGAUCCGUGGUCUCUCAGAGGAGCUGAUUGAUCAGCUGGCUGUGAGGGAGGAGCUGGACUUCGAGAAGGAGGUAAAGAACACGUUCAUCUCGGCACUCAUCGAUGUGCAGAACCGACAGAAAGAACAUCGAGAGCUGCUGAAGAGGAAGAUGAAGACCACAGCAGGUGUCCAGCGAUCUGACCGCUCGCACGUGCCGGGAACUUAUUUGACGACAGUGAUCCCGUAUGACAGGAGCAGUGGAGCCCCAUCUGUAGAAGAUCUGCAGAUUCUGACCAAGAUUCUUUAUGCCAUGCGCGAGGACAGUGAGACAGUUCCUGCUUUUCUCACUGACUACAUCCUCAAAGCACUGGUGUGAGAGGUGAAGACAGAGGUUUGUUGAUCUGAAUUGCCAAGAGUUGCCUCCGCAUCUGAGACCAUCAACCCACGCAUCUUAUCACGUGGCUUGUUGAGCGCGUUGCAACCACGCUCAACUCGCCAUGUGCCCCACCGAGAACGAACCGCAUUAUAGCAACCACGAGGAGGUUACCCCAUGUGACUCUAUCCUCCCUAGCAACCGGGCCAAUUUGGUUGCUUAGGAGACCUGGCUGGAGUCACUCAGCACGCCCUGGGAUUGGAACUAGCGAACUCCAGGGGUGGUAGCCAAACCUUUUGCAUUUUUAAGGAUUUAAAAGGAACAUUUUAUUUAUAUUUGUUUCGAUUGAGGACAUGGAUUUAACCCAAAGGGUGGUCCAGUUUAAUUCACUUUUGUGGACAGUUUUGUCCUUCAAGUAAACACACACACAUCUGUAGAAAGCUGGAGGGUUUUUACUGUCUCUUGAGUGUGUGUUGCGUGGAUUUUGUUGAAUUAAAAUAUCAGUGCUUGCAAAGCAGCUGGUGUUUUAAAAAUUUUAGGCUUCAAUUAGUUGAAUUUGAGCUGAAUAAAUUGCAGGAAAUUGUGGAGAACAACAAUUAAACAAAGAUACAUUUCAGUGCAGUGCUGCCUUGCUAGCACUAUCAUUAAUGAGUUGAAUGCAGAAGUACUCAGUGCUAUGGAGUUAUAGAGCACAAAAGUGCCCCGCCCACUUAUUCAGUGUCUGGGUUCCGCAAGUAUUUUUCCCAUUCAUUUCUUCCAUAGACUUUUCAAUAAACCCUUCAUUAAAGAGUUGUAAAGCAUGAACCAAGCCAACCAGCACCGAGGUAAAUCGCAACAUUACAGACUUUAUUUUAAGGCAAAAAAUAUUUGAAAAUACGACAAAGUCAAAGGUACAAAUCUGUGUACUUACCGUCUUUCACGAGGACACGAACUACAAUCCCAUGAAGCACUUCGAAUGACAUGAUCGAAUGUAAAACUAUGGAAAUAUAUAAAACUAGGUUAUAUAAACAAUAUAGUUUGUUUAUUGUGAAAUAUUCUGAUAUACACAAAUAUAUACGUGAAGGGAGGCCAACUCGUUUGCAUCAUUCAGAGUGCAUCUUUGAAGUGGGCAGUCGCUUCCACAGGCUUUCUUGGACGCGGUUCUCUGAUUGGUGGAUCUUUCACUGCUGUACCAUGAGUUCUGUAGUUGUUCACCAGGAAUUAUGCUAUUAAAGGCAUUUUUUAAACAAUGAAGUUGAAAUAAUGCAGGCAGAUGGCUUCAACAGAAGCAUAUACCAUGGAUUAACAACCUUGGAGCUCACAGUGGGUCUGUCUUUAAAGAAAUGAAUUGUCAAUAUUAAGUUAUUGUUAGAAAUCAAUUUGUCUAUGGAAAAAAUAAAUGGGAUUUUUACUUCCGGAACCCGACUGUUGCGCUGUAUUCCCAGCUGACUCCUGCUUCACCUGAUUGGCUGAGGUCUGAUGACUGACAGUUCAUUUAUCCAAUCGUCUGUUCUUCCAGUGCUGUGUCCCACUUAAAUUUGAGGAGCUGAAAACUGGUUCAUCUCAUCGGUACGGAGGAACGCUCUUAUUCUGCAGAUGAUAUUCCAUUGUAAUAAUGCACAAAAUUUACCCCCAGUGGCAUUUAUUUCUUUAUCUGAAUGCAUGUUUUUGUUUUAUGUUGAUCUCAUUAAGUGUGCGAGCUAGAUUGCAGUAUUUCAGUUAUUUAAUUUCCUAAUGCAGUUUAUAUGUCAGUAACAGCGUUGUACUGUUACUCACUGUUUUCUUUAUUUUAGUUGAUCUUGUUUAUCUUUCAUAUUGUGUAAGAUGAAAUCAUAUUCAGAUGAGUUGGUUUUCAGCUGCAGGUCUUUGCUGUUUUCUUGUGUGGAUGUGGGAAUUCUCUCUCUGUCAGUCUUUCCAUCAGAUAAGUAUGACAGUUUUUAGGAAGUCUUGAGCAUCUGUGGGCUUUCUAUUAAUCUGAAAAGAUUCAAAUCUGAAAGUGAUCUUUCCAUCCAAGACAGAAAAACUGUAGGGAAGCCAUGUAGUGUGUUUCUGUGAAGUCAUUUUGGUAACACUUUACAAUAAGGUUGGAUUCGUUAACAUUAGUUAAUGCAUUAGGUAUCAUAAACAAACAAUGAACAAUACAUUUUUGCCAGCAUUUAUUAAUCUUUUUUUAAAUGUUAAUUAAUGAAAAUACAAUUGUUUAUUGUUAGUUCAUGUUAAUUCAUAGUGCAUUAACUAAUGUUCACAAAUACACCUUUUGAUUUGAUUUAAAAAAUGUAUUAGUAUAUGUUGAUAUUAACAUUAAGAUUAAUAAAUGUUGUUAAAGUUUUGUUCAUUGUUAGUUCAUGUUAACUUAAGUUAUUAACUAAUGUUAACAAAUGGAACCUUAUUGUAAAGUGUUAUAAUAAUAAAAUCAGCACAAAAACAUGUAUUUCGGUCACAGUUGAACAGAUUCAUCUACAGCAGCACACAAUUUACAAUACAUUUAGGCUAGGAAUAUUUUUGACUUGUACUGUACAUAAUCAAAAUGGGUAUAUUUGAACAUCUCUGGAGUUUGUGCCUCUAAAUUCUCAAUGACAGUAUUAAUAUUCAUUUAAAGAUGUGUGAGGUAUUAAAUUAAGAGUUCAGGUGUGAAAAGCAGUUGUUCAGUUAAAGAUGUUUUACCUUAUGAAGUGAGCUUCUUGACUGUCAGAUGUCAGCAGAGGAACAUGGUAUGGUAUAAGAAAUUUUACAGGUCACAUAAGAUCUUUGGAAUUGAUUAAUGUCGUAAAGUGUGGAGAAAUAACUAGCAUUACAUUAAGAGAUAAACACAUCUUUCUGGCCUCACUGAGGUCCUGUACUGAGAUUGAGUGACUGUCUCCAACUUCAAGUCUUUGAUUGUAUUUCUUGACUGGUGAACCACAGGUCAGAUAUGAUAUUUUUGUAUGUGUAGUUGUAAAUGCUGAAUGCUUUUUUUUUUUUUUUUUUUUUUUUUUUUUUUUUUUUUUGAGAGGUUGAGAUCUUGUGUUGAGUCUUGCAGAUGCACAACCUUAAACUCGGGAAGAAAUCAUGUGUCAGUAUGAAAUAAAUGUCUCUUAAUGCUCAUGUUAAAGGGAUAGUUCAGCCAAAAUUAUAAUUCUGUCAUUAUUUACUCAACCUCAUGUUUUCCGAAACAUAUUUGAUUUUCUUUCUUCCAUGGAAAGUCUCGGUCACCAUUCACUUUUAUUGUAUGGAAAAAGAGGUGCAAUGAAAGUGAAUGGUGACUAGGUUUGGAACAACAUGAGGGUGAGUACAUGACAAAAUUCAAAUUUUUGGAUGAACUAUUUGUUUAAUGCAAGUGAAUUGCUUAACUGUCUGUCAGAGAUUUUAAGGUCAAAAUCGUUUUCAUGUUUGUAAUGCAUUCAGAAUGAAAAAGUCGCUGCAUGCACUUUGAAUUUGUCUCUGAAAGGGAAUAGAACAGAUAAAACAUUAGUGAACUACAACUCUUAGAUGUAACUCUUGAGUUGUGUUGUCAUGAAUGUGUGUCAGGUUGAGGUGGCCUGACACUGAGUAACAUUAAUAAACUUCAUCAGGGUACACAUGCUAUAAUAACUAGAGGUUAUAUAUUUAACAAGCAAUAAUCAAACGCUGCCUUUGUAAGUGCAUGAAGUUUUGUACAUUGAAACUGAUAUUUUUAAUGCAACAAUUUUUGUGCUAAUGGUCCUUUCAAAUAAAUAUUUUAUAAGAAACAUGUACAUAGUAGGACAGUUUCCAAAUAAAGUUGUCUGUUCUGUUCAUCAAA